UGCAGCUCAAUAUCCCGUACCCUGCACGAAAUAGUAUAGUACUAUAGCACGCACUCCGCUCAUUUUAGCAACGACAAGGUCAUCACCAUUGUUACCUUCUUACCUCCUCCACCAAAUUUCUGGAGAUUUAAUCAAAAUUUUGCAUACGGAACGAAAGUAUGGAAUCAGGCGCCUUUAUUGUAGAUCAUCGUCUCCAAAAGCUAUAUUCAACCGAUAUUGACUUUCUCUUAAACAUUCAAUAGAGCCUGGAAAAUGGAAGAACAAAAUCACAAAAAUUAUUUGCAGUUUUCGCCACUGGCAUUGGAUUGGCUAGCAAGUAAUGCAUUUGGUUCACAUAGUAACUUUGACUCUGAUCAGCACUAUAUCAUGGCAGAAGGGACUGGGUCCUGUCAGUGGAUGCAUUCCCAGCCAAAACCUCAAAAUUAUGUUCCGUUUCUUUCAGAGACAGGGCACGCUGAAAUCCAGAAACAAAAGGCAUAUGAUGUUUCAGCACAAUGUCCUACUUUGCGAUUACCAUACCCUUCUCAAUUGGAAGAGUACAUGAGGCUGCAUAAUGGCGGAGAAUUUGUGACCUCGGUGACUGGCUUGGAAGAACUUGGUGUAGAGGAACUGAAGUUGAAUGAAGAGUUUAGUCAUGCUUUUGAAACUUAUUCACGUGCUGCUGCAUCCAAAGAUCCUUCUAAACUCCACAGGAAAAGAUCAAGAGAGAGAUCUUAUGCCACUGAUCGUAUUCGCAAAUUGAGGAUAUCACAUUGGCUAGAUGCUUUACAAGAAUUGGUUCCGUCGCCAGAAGGGGUUGGUCAAGCAGCGUUGCUGGAUGGGGUGAUUGACCAUAUCAAGUAUUUGCAGUAUCAAAUGAAGGAUCUAUGUCGGAACCGAUUGGGAAGUGGAUCAACUUCUAAUUCUGUUAUUUUCCUUGAGGGACAUGGGCAUUACUUUCUUCAGGAUCAGAUGCUCAAUGGUCCUCUGGAAGAGAUGAUAGGGAAGUUGAUAAGGGAUUAUCCUUCGGCAGCUACCGAACUGCUGCAGAGUAGAGGUCUUAUCGUGUUGCCUAUGACUUUUGCAGAAGGAUUACUUGAAUCUAUGGGCAUGCUGGAUAUACAAGGUUGAUUCUCAGUUAUUUAACCUCAGACAUUGUGAUUGAUCUUCUUUUCUACCAGUACCUCUUAUGACAUACAAGUUAAAGUUUGUGCCAACUAAUAAUCAAAUGCAUCAAAUUCUCAAGGUGAUGUCCUAUUACCUAAUAUUCUAGGGCUCGUGGAGUAUAUCAAAAUCUCAUAUUGGAAGAUCUCUGACUCUUGUCAUUCAUUCAGGGGUUUCUAUUUUCAUUUCUCAUUCUGUUAUUACUUUAUGCCUUCAUGUUACUUUAUUAAACUAUCUUCAUACUUCUUCUGUGAAAA